AUGUGCAGUAAGCUUGGUAUAUCGUGUUCUUAUCAGACGCCUGUAUGGAGCAAAGCACUGCAGAGUAAUAUGUUUGGUGUGCAAAGAGUUGAGAAAGUUGUAAAGGCGGAGAAGAAAGGUAGGGGGUUGAGGGUUAAGUUGAAUCAAAGACUCGAGGUUGCUGGUGAUGCCGGAAAUGCUGGAAAUGCUGGAAAUGCUGGUAAUUCUCAUGAUGUUGGUGAUGCUGGUAAUUCUCAUGAUGUUGGUGAUGCUGGUGAUGCUGGUGAUGCUGGUGAUGCUGGUGAUGCUGGUGAUGCUGGUGAUGGUGUUGGGACUGUUUUUGAACAAUUGGGAUACUUAAAGACAAAAUUAGCUGAACUUGAAUCGAGUAUUCGGUGUGGCGGGAUAACUGGUAAUGCUUCACCGCAGCAGAUAGAAGCUGCUCCAUCCAAUAAUCCACCAUUGAACACCAAUCGAGAUGCAACGGCUACUAGCUCAACCAGUUCUGGACUAAUUGGAAUAAAUCCAUAUAAUGAGUCUCAAACGGACUAUAUCAACUUCUAUAGUGGUUAUUCCUCGAUUCACAUACAAGAUAUUGCACGUCGAUAUAACCAUGGCCCGUUUUCGUGGCUAUCUAUUUUAAAGAAAGAUCCUGCAUUGCACAACGUUUGGAAGUACUUGCAACGAAUGAGACAGGCUCACAAACGUGCAAUUAAGCUGACUCCGCGAUAUUUGAAAAUACUGCCUGGUAGUGGCGCAGGUAGGAGUAUGUGUCCUGUAGCUGUACCAUUUAACAGCCAUGGUCAAUCUAAUGGUGCAGGAGGUGCAGAUGGUGCAAGCUGCUGGGAUAGCGGAGAAGGCGGAGAUGGGAAAAAGCAGUGUAGUUCUAAUGAGAUUGAUUUUCGGGAAAAGGCCAUUGAUCGUGAUGGGUAUAAUGAUUUGAGGUUGUAUGGGAAUAUACGGACGAAUUUCAAACAACUGAAUUUCAGAAGAGGGUGUAGUGAUGAGGAAGGGGACGGCGAUGGCGAUGGCGAUGGCGAUGGCGAAGCUGGACCAGAAGUCGGAGGAGAGGAGUGUCCUUUAGCUAGGGGAAUAAAAAGGAAAGAUGACUUUCAUGAGAAGGACAGUUGUUCUAUUACUCAUCAUAAUACAAGAACAGUGAAAGGCAAGAUCGAAGAAGAAAUGUGUUUGAUUGACCGAGUAAAGAAGAUUCUACCAAAACAAAAGGUCAUUUGGAAAUCGGUUGAUUUCUUCUUUCACCAUUUAUACCCAUAUAUGCCUAUAUUGGAUGAAAUGAGUUUUACUACUGAAAUUGAGAGGUUAUUGGGCAACAAGGAAUUCAAGGAUGAAAAAUUAUCGUUUGAUUUAAAGAUUGAGAAAAGAUUAGAUUUUGCAUUCCUUGCUGUGUUGAUGAUCAUUUUGAGAUUCACUUAUAUUUCACUUGCAUCAUCCAAUCGUCAUGGAGGUGAUCCUCAUGAAGAAGUUAGUGAAGCGAACCUGAUGAUUGCGCAAUCAGAUUUUCUGUAUUUGUUAGCUAACCCUAUCGAGAACAACUUUAUUGAUAUGGCAACCGUAUGCCUUGACCAAUUUGAUCUAUAUCGACGAACUUCGUUGAUUGUACUACAGGGUACUUUUUUAAUGAAAUUGUAUAGGGCGUUCUCGCCCGAGGAUGGUGAUGGAGCAGACGGAAGUGAUUCUCAAAUUUACAAUGGGUUAGCUAUACAAAUGGCAAUUGCGAUUGGACUCAAUCGAGACGGUAGCGAAUACUUUGAUCCAGAAGAUGAUUCAAGACUGAUAAAUUUGUGUCGAAAGAUUUGGUAUUUUAUGACAUAUUGUGAUUUGAUGCAAGGAUAUCAGUAUGGAAACCCAUUGGUUAUACAUGAUGGGAUGUAUGAUACUCACUUGCCCGAAUACGGGUCGCCCAGGAUGGAAAAUAUUAGAGAUACUGAAAUGGAAAAGGAAGUUAUUGGGAUGUUUGUUUUAUUUAAUGAGUAUCGUGAGAGAUUAAUGGUUAUAUUGAGUGAUUGCUUAGAUUUGAGAAAACUGGUUGAAGUGAGAAAAUUGUCAAGAGCCAUUAGUGAUUUUGAAGUGUUUAUGAAUGAUAAUUUGGGAACAAUGGAUGGCUUUCUUAAACCAUUUGACAAAAAUGAGUUUGCCUAUCCUUUUUUGAAAGUGAUCAAAUGCAGAAGCUAUAUCGAUAUGAAGAUGUUUCUUAAUGUUAUUUUUUUCCAUUUAUUUUUGUAUUAUGAGAACCAAAUUCUCAAUAAUAGUGGUGGUGGUGGUGGUGGCAGUGGCGAUGUUGAUGUUGAUGAUGAAAAACCGAGAUCAUUAGCUUUGUUCUACUUCAAAAAGAUGAUUAGUUCAUAUCAUGGGGAAUUUUUCCCCACAAUCUUUCAACUACUUUCAAAUAGUAAGAGUUUCAAGACCAGUAUAGUCACAGAUUUAAUGUUGAUGCCUACUAUUCAAGCAACUAUUCAUAGAAUCUCACAGGCGAAUUUUGCCAUCUUAUUAAGAUUAAAGACAAGUUUAUUACUAAUGAGACAAGAUGAAACUAAUCACAAUCAGAAAUUGAGAGACGAUGUAGCAUAUCUAAAGAGGUUUGCCAAAUUAUCCAAACUCGUUAAGAUUUUUGAACGAAUAAGUGAGAUUUGUCUUUUAGGGUUAAGGAGACUAAGUCAAAGGUAUUAUUACGCGUGGAGGAUUACCAAGGCCCAUUCAUUCAUAUUAAAGAAUGUUGUACAUAAUGAUGAAUAUUACAGAGCAUCACCAAGAAAAGGUUUGGUUUCCUUUUUAGAAUGCGAUGAUGAGCAAUUGAAUGAAAUAGUUUUGAUUUCUGAAGAUAGUUUGAAAAAGUAUAAGAAGUUGGCUAAGAUUAUCAAGGAUGGAGAUUUCGAUAGUAGUUUCUGUACUAGUAGGCAAACCAAGGCAACACCACGGAAGGAUAAUAGCAAUAAUAAGAGUACUAGUGAAUCUGACUCAGUGCCUUCUCACCUUGCAAACGAGGUGGGGGGUUCAAGUGUGAGUAAUAGUGAUAAUCCAACAAAAAAAGAUUCUUAUGAUAGUAUGUCAUCGAUGUUUAACACUGGUGAUGGGUAUGCAAUAUCCAAUUCAGAGUCCAAUGUGUCAAGUAUAGAGAAUACUGCGUUUAUGAAUAAUAAUGAGAUUGACAACUUGUGGAUUUCAACAAAAAUGAAAAAUGAAUCAUCUAUGCUGCACAUUGUGGGGAUUGGCGCACCAUUAAGUGGGGACUUUGCAGGUGCCAGCAAUCUUAGGGGCGACUCAAACAGUAGUGUAGAUACGGGAUUUCCCUCAUCACAAAACAGCACGAUACAUUCGUACUUUAAUCCUUCUUGUACAUCGCAAUCAAUGACUUAUGGGGAUACAACGAAUAUAAAUGCCCAGAAUCCAAAUUUUGGAGUCAAUGGAGAGAGUUUUGGUAAUGUCAGUACCAUUGCCAAUGAUUGGAAUACGAUGAAUGAAUUCGACUUGUUCAAUGCAUUACCUUUAGAGGAUAUGUUGGGCUUGAAUAAUAAUCGAUAUACCUAG